CUCCUGAAGUGCUUGCCCAGAAACCCUACAGCAAAGCAGUGGACUGUUGGUCCAUUGGAGUUAUUGCAUAUAUUCUGCUCUGUGGCUACCCUCCUUUCUAUGAUGAAAAUGACUCCAAGCUUUUUGAGCAAAUUCUUAAAGCAGAAUAUGAAUUUGACUCUCCCUAUUGGGAUGAUAUCUCUGAGUCUGCUAAAGAUUUUAUUCGGAAUUUGAUGGAGAAAGAUCCCAAUAAAAGAUAUACCUGUGAACAGGCAGCCCGCCAUCCGUGGAUUGCCGGUGACACAGCCCUCAGUAAAAAUAUCCACGAAUCCGUCAGUGCUCAGAUUCGCAAGAAUUUUGCAAAAAGCAAAUGGAGACAAGCUUUUAACGCCACAGCUGUUGUGAGACAUAUGCGGCGGUUACAUCUUGGCAAUAGUUUGGAUAGUGGUUCAAACAUGAGUGUAUCGAACAACCUCAGUCUGGCCAACCCACUACCUGAUGGAGGAUCUAGAAAAGAGUGCAUGUCCCCAUCUACUCUCUGUAGUUUUGCUUCUUCAGCUUCAUCUGGUAUUUCUGCUGUAGGAGAGAGGAGGCCAAGACAGACGACGAUAACAACAACAAUACAUACAGGGACCAAGUGAUCCAGAUCACCCCACUCGUCCCACCCACAAGGAAGAGGUCAGAGAUGGGAGAAAGGGCCCUGGUGGGCAAGCAGGCAGGGAAGAAAACCUUCUCCCAGGUGAUUUCAUCCUGCAUUGCAAACACAUCGAAGUAUUAGAAGAAAAGAAGGAUUUUUUAAAAAAAAAUAAAUGGCCAUAUUUUAUACUGCGAUUCUGAAAUGUUGCAUUCAUCGCAAACUGCAAUGACUUCAGGAGGAUGGGGAGGGAAAGGGUUGGGAAAUAGAUGAAGUGGCACCUGGUGCUGGGUCCGUGAAUCUAGAAAUGUUCUAACUAAAGGACAUUGUGUUAGUUCCUCAAUGAUUUACUCUGUUCUUAGUGUUGGUAUCAAUACAUGCUUUGUUUUUCUUUAACUAAAUAUCUCAACUGGAUUAUUUAAAUAGAGUAAUUUCAAACAUUUUUUUUUCUUUUCUCCAUAUUUUCAGCUUUGUU